AUGUAAAUAAAGAAAGUCUGUUGCUUUGGAGCAGGAUAUGUAGGAGGACCAACAAUGGCAGUGAUGGCUUCUAAAUGUCCAGAAUAGUUAUUUGUUGUUUACGAUAUAAAUUAAUAACAAAUUAACAAAUGGAAUAAUAAGCAAUAUCCAGUAUAUGAAGAAAAUCUAGAUGAAUAUAUAAAUUAAACAAUAGGUAAAAACUUGAUAUUCACUUGCGAUAUUGAUCUUGCUUUAAAGGACUGUGAUAUUGCUUUUUUGGCUGUUAAUACUCCAAGCAAAUAAUUUGGAAUGGGAGCUGGAUCAUCAUUAGAUAUAUCGUAUAUUGACAGUUGUAUACAAGAUAUAAAACAAUAUACAUUGACUAAGAAAUUAAUAUUGGUUGAAAAAUCAACUGUUCCAAUUAAAACUUGCGAUUAUAUAAAUGCUAUUUUACAAAAUAAGAAUAUAUGUGUUUUAUCAAAUCCUGAAUUCUUAGCAGAAGGAACUGCAAUUCAAGAUCUUUUAAAUCCAGACAGAGUUAUAAUUGGUGGACCUAUAGAAUCCUCUAAGUAACUGGCAUCAUUAUAUGAGUAAUGGAUACCAAAGGACAAAAUAAUAUUUACUAAUAUAUAUUCAGCUGAAUUAAGUAAAAUUGUAGCAAAUUCUUUUCUUGCCUAAAGAGUUUCUUCAAUUAAUAGCAUAUCAAUUAUAUGUGAUAAAAUUGGAGCAGAUGUUAAUGAAAGUAAAUUUAUUAUACUUAUUUUUAUUUUUUUAGUUUCUUAAUGUGUUGGUAGUGAUACUAGAAUUGGUAAUAAAUUCUUGAAAACAUCUGUUGGAUUCGGUGGAUCAUGUUUAAAAAAAGAUUUAUUAUGUUUAAUCUAUUUAUGUGAAUCACUCUAAUUAGAUGAAGUAGCAUAAUAUUGGAAAUAAGUUUAUUUAUUAAAUGAAUUUCAAAAAUAAAGAUUUAUCAACUUGAUUAUUACAUCUAUGUUUAAUAGUCUAAAAAAUAAGAUUAUUGUUAUUUUGGGAGUUUCAUUUAAAGCUAAAACAAAUGAUACAAGAGAAAGUGCUUCUUUAAUAAUUAUUAAAAAGUUGCAAGAGGAAUAGGCAAUACUAAGAAUUUACGAUCCUUAAGGUAAAAUAGACAAUAUAGAAUAAUAUUAAAGUUUGGAUGGCAUUUUCCAAGGGGCUUCUGCAAUUGUGAUUCUAACAGAGUGGGAAGAGUAACAUAUUUAAAUAUAUAUAAUAGAUUUAUCAAAAUAGAUUAUUCUCAAGCCUUCAAUCAAAUGGCAAAACCAGCUUAUUGUUUUGAUGGCAGAAAUUUGUUAUCAGGAGAUCUGAUGAAAUCACUUGGAUUUCUAUAUUACGGAUUAGGUAGAGUAUGA